UGUCGGCUCGGUGGGAUGGCUCGCGUUCACCGGACAGAACCGGACAGAACCGGAGAUGUUCGCGGCCCCGUCGCUGAGCCACGUGCGACUCGGGCCGGAGCUAAACCAGAACGACUGAAGAGACUGUCAUCUGUGAAGAAGAAGAAGAUGACAAAGAAAAUAAGCGAAGAUGAAGUCGCGGAGAUUCAGCAGAGCGGCAACUUCCUCAUCCAACCAGAGAGCAAGGUGGCGUCGCUGGACACGUCGCAGUGGCCGCUGCUGUUAAAGAACUUUGACAAACUGAACGUCCGGACGACUCAUUACACGCCGCUGCCCAACGGCAGCAACCCCCUCAAGAGGAGCAUCCAGGACUAUGUCAGGUCGGGCUUCAUCAACCUGGACAAACCGGCAAACCCGUCGUCUCACGAGGUCGUGGCCUGGAUUCGCCGGAUCCUGCGCGUGGAGAAGACAGGUCACAGUGGGACGCUGGACCCGAAGGUCACCGGAUGCCUGAUAGUGUGUGUGGACCGAGCCACGCGACUCGUCAAGUCCCAGCAAAGCGCAGGUAAAGAGUAUGUGGGAAUCGUUCGGCUGCACAAUGCGAUAGAGAACGAACACACUCUGGCUCGGACGUUGGAGACCCUGACCGGCGCCCUGUUCCAGCGGCCGCCGCUCAUCGCCGCCGUGAAGCGUCAGCUGAGAGUCCGGACGAUCUAUGAGAGCAAACUGAUCGAGUAUGACCCCGAGCGGAGGCUAGGAAUCUUCUGGGUGAGCUGCGAAGCAGGAACGUACAUCCGGACGCUGUGCGUCCACAUGGGCCUGCUGCUCGGGGUCGGAGGUCAGAUGCAGGAGCUGAGGAGAGUCCGGUCGGGAGUCCUGGGAGAGAAGGACCACAUGGUGACGAUGCACGACGUUCUGGACGCUCAGUGGCAGUUCGACCACAACAAAGACGAGGCGUACCUGCGGAGAGUCGUGUUCCCGCUGGAGAAGCUGCUUGUGUCCCACAAGCGUCUGGUGAUGAAGGACAGUUCGGUGAAUGCCAUCUGCUACGGCGCCAAGAUCAUGCUGCCCGGCGUCUUGCGCUACGAGGAUGGAAUCGAGGUGAACCAGGACAUCGUCGUCAUAACAACCAAGGGGGAGGCUAUCUGCACAGCCGUGGCUCUGAUGACGACGGCGGUGAUCUCCACAUGUGACCAUGGCGUGGUGGCGAAGAUCAAGAGGGUGAUCAUGGAGAGAGACACGUACCCCCGUAAGUGGGGACUGGGCCCGAAGGCGAGUCAGAAGAAGAUGAUGAUUCAGAAAGGACUCCUCGACAAACACGGGAAACCGAAUGGCAGCACGCCGUCGGACUGGAGGAGCGGAUAUGUUGACUACAAUGUUUCCAAAGUAGAGGACGGGUCAGGUGACGCCUCAGCGAAGAGAAAGAGGGACGCGACAGACAGCGAUGGAGAAGCUGCGGCGACGCCCUCAACGCCGGUGACACCGUCGACGGAUACGAAGAAAGAGAAGAAGAAGAAAAAGGAAAAGAGGGCGAAGCUGGAGGAGGCGGAGCCUGCCGAGGAAGAGGCGGCACUCGAUGGAAGCGGGGCGGAGCUUAUGAGCGUGGUCAGUGAAAGCAAGAAGAAGAAGAAGAAGAAGAAACAGAAAGACGGCGACAUGUCAGAGUGACGACAUUAGACUCCACCCCCUCACAAACCUGUCUGGACCUCUGGACGCUAAGCAUUCUGGGAGUUUAACAAUGGACUGCACAAGCAGAAAAGACAUUUUUGUUUUUAUAUAAAUCUUAUUUUGUCUCUUUGUAAAUACCUGAGCAGGAAGUCUGUUUAUAAUUUCGAAUUAAAAGUGUUUUCAGUA